AUGGUAGCGACUAAAGGUGCUUCAACAUCACGCGGUGUUCGACUUCGCUUUAAACAGAAAUUGGUUUCGGGAUCGUCGAAACAAAUAGCAACAAUCGAAUUGGUCAAACGCUUGAAGACGUUACAUGAAGAAUUAAAGAAGAUCGAUCAAGAGGAGGUUGAUACGGAUUCACUUGCGAGUAUAACAAAAGAGUUGAUCAACGAAUCGUUAACUGGACAUAAAGAUAAAAGCGUCAAGGCAUAUGUUGCAGCUUGUUUAGCAGAUGUCCUGCGGCUUCAUGCUCCUGAUGCUCCCUAUACCGACGGAGAGUUGCGGGACGUCUUUGACUUUUUUGUCCGUCAGCUUCAGAAUAUAAGCGACACCUCAGGACCUUAUUUCGACACUAUUUUUCAUCUUCUUGAAACCUUGUCUACAGUAAAGAUAGUGCUUCUCAUACUAGAUCUUCAAGACAGUGACGGAUUAAUGGAUCAAUUAUUUCACGAUUUUUUUGACGUAAUCAGGCCAGAAAUGCCUAAGAAUGUACAUAAACAUAUGUUAGAUAUCUUGUACCAAUUGACUGAGGAGAGUUCAUCUCUUCCGAAAAAUGCAUUCAAAGCCAUUCUGUCUCAGUUUGAUGAACGAAAGGACGAGAAUCCUGCUGCAUAUAAAUUGGCGUAUGAUUUAUGUAAUAGUGCUAUUGACAAGUUACAGCGAUGUGUAUCUCAAUAUUUUACACAUGUUAUAGUGUCUGCUUCAGAAAAGAGUGGGGCGUCGCAAGAGGACUUAAAUAGCUUUAAAAGUGCACACGAUUUGAUCAAGGGGCUUAAUCGAUCUGUGCCAAAGCUGCUAUUGAACGUAGUUCCACAAUUAGAAGAAGAAUUAAAACUUGACGAUCUCAACUUACGUCUGGUUGCGACGCAAGUUCUUGGCGAAAUGUUUGCCGAAAAAGGCUCAACUCUUGCGACAGACUAUGACAAUCUAUGGAAAACGUGGUUAUCAAGACGAAAUGACAAAGUAGCUGUCGUGCGUAUUGCAUGGGCAGACCACUGUUUAGCCUUGUAUCAAAAUCAUCCCGAACUUGCGAAGCAAAUUAAUGACGCAAUUCGUUCCAAGAUGUCUGAUCCAGAUGAGAAGGUACGGAUUGCGUUUUGUAAGAUAUUCAGUCAAAUAGAUUAUGAAAGUGCUUUGAAACUUGUGGAUAAAGAACUGCUUGAAGUAUUAGGAAGCCGUUGUCGUGAUAGAAAGCAAGGUGUUAGACAAGAAGCAAUAAAUUCUCUCGCCCGACUGUAUAAUCUGGCUUUUAUUGAAAUAGCUGACUUUGAGGAAAAGGUUAUGGAGAAGUUUGAUUGGAUACCAAAAGAGAUCCUAAAUACAUUAUAUACAAACGACAACGAAAUUAUAGCGUGUGUUGAAAAGGUCUUGCACGAACAGAUUCUUCCGCAUAAUUCUGAUGUCUCUGCUCGUGUAGAGCGCAUGUUAAUUGUGCUUCAGAGCUUGGAUGGGAAGGCUAAGAAAGCCUUUUUUUCUUUAUUUCAAAGACAAAGGGACGCCAUGAAUGAAAUGGAUGUAUACUUAAGAAUGUGCGAAAAAUAUAAGGGUGGAGAUGGUAAGGAAGAAGAAAAAGUGGCUGUCCUCCUUGCUCAAGUGGUAAAGCGAAUAGCAGGCAAACUUCCUGAUCCACCGAAGUCGAUCAAUCAUCUGUCGAACGUAGCUAAACUGAACGAUAUCAGAUUGUACAGAUUGUUGCGAGAUCUAAUGAGCCCGGAGUCUGAUUAUAAAACUGUCAAGAAAGCCGAAAAAGACGUGUUCAAGCAUAUAGAACAAUCAGCCGCAUCAGCUCUAGAGACGUUCUCUAUUCUCAUACGACGAGUAAGUCUGACCAUAUUUAAUGGCGAUAUCGUUCCUCUAUUAUUACACAAGUUGAGGGAUUUGCCGCCAUCAACGAGCCGGUCAAAGAAUAUUGUAUCAACUACACAGGAACUGCUCAAGGAUAUUUCAUCGCGAUUUCCCGCACUUUAUCGCGCUCAUGUCAAUGAGUUGAUGCGUUUACUAUCUGAAGAUCUAAACGAUCUAUCGGUUGAGAAUACGCUGGAAGCAUUGGCCAAAUUUUCUAAGACGUACCCCGAUGAAACACCCCAGGACAUAGAGCGCUUAUUUAGAUACGCAAUGGAAGGCACACCAAUACAAGCAAGACGCGCUUCUAUGAUAAUGGGACAUAUGAGAGAUAAACAUGAAAUCUCCGGAGAGUUGCUACAGGCAAUUAUUAAGAUCGCGCUCUACUCCGUUCAAUCAUACGAAAAUAGGAGCGAUGACAUUACAAAUUUCAUACUUAAUGAAUUGAUAUUAAAGAACCGACAUGAGGCUACCCCUAAUGAGCCAGAAUGGGUGAAGGAUGAAGAACUUGAUGAUGAAUGCAAAGCUAAGGUGCUUGGUUUAAAAAUACUCGUUAAUCGGCUUAUCGCACGUCCUGAAGAUGAGGCGGCGGAAGAUCUAGCGAAGCCAGUUUUUAAGUUAUUAUGGACUUUAAUAAGAGAAGGCGGUGAAUUUCUUCCUGACAAGUCAACAAGCCCAUCAUUCCAAAGUCGGUUAAGACUAGCUGCUGCUAAAUCAGUACUAAAAUUAGCGCGUAAGAAGGUCUAUGACAAUAUGAUACCUGUAGGCGAUUUCAAAGAAUUGGCACUGAUGAUACAGGAUCCCUGUUAUCAAGUACGACACGCAUUUUCAUCACGCCUCAUACGUUAUUGUAGUGGUUAUCAGCUGAGUGCGCGGUUUCUGGCUAUAUUCUUUUUGGUGGCACAUGAGCCAGAAGGAUCGGACAUACUUCCCAUGGCAUGGGAAGAUAACCUGGCAAUGUUCGAAAUGGCACUAGUUCGCCUUAUAUAUCUACUUUCUCAUCAUCCGGAUUUCUCUUGUGAGAUUAAGGAUCUUAUUGAUGCUAUGAAGUAUAUCGAUUUCUUUCUUGAUACCGUGGCCAAUGCGGACAAUAUGUCAUUUCUGUAUUAUAUUGUCGGUCGGUUGAAACAAGUACAAGAUAUUGACCCGUCGGCGAAAAGUGAUAAUUUAUAUACACUCAGUGAUUUAGCACAGCAUCUGAUUCGUGAGAGAUGCAAAGCAUCUUCAUGGACGCUGUUAUCAUUUCCGAAUCAAGUUGUGCUGCCAAAAGAUAUGUUUCGUCCCCUUCUUGACGCGCCAGCCGCUGCUGAGAUAAUGGUCAAGAAUUAUUUGCCAAAAGAUUUCAUGAAAGUAUUAGUGAAGCGGCAAGGGCUAGGAUCAUCGAAAGAUAAGGCAAAGAGAAGUCAAAGAAAUGAGUCUAAAAAAGCCGAUACGUCAGCUCGGAAACGUCGCCGAGCCGAUGAUCAGACGUGA